AUGUCGCAGAGCCAAUUUUUGACGGAGUUGGCCAAGGUACGGUGGAAUGGCAACCCUAAGGAAUACACGGACCAGUUUGCAGCUGUAGCGGAGCGUGGAGUGGGUCUCACUCCCGAGGAACUCGCUGACUAUUACUGCACCGGGCUACCAACGAACCUACAUCUUCUCAUGACCAAUAACAGGGUCGAGGAUACCCAGCACGCGCUUGUCCCAGCAAGGGAGAACGUACCAAGCGUCCGGGGGAGACCUUUAGUUACCCAUUGCCCCCUCCUCCCUGACUUGGUUCCCCAGGGAGCCGACCCCGGCUGGCUCCCCAUCCGCAAUGCGGCAGGCAAUCCAACAGAGGAUUAUGAGGAAAAUUUUAUCAUGGGCCAGCGCGGCUCAGCAGCCGACGUCCCAGGACCUCGUCAAGUGGCGCGGAACCCCUGA